UUGGAUUCCCUCAUAAAUGUUUUCAGUUUUUAAUUCAUAAGGGCUCUUAUUUGUUCCGAAAGUGCCGCUGUGAAGCAGCGGAUAUCUAUUUGUUCUGUUCUCACAUGUCCUUCAGAUCCUGAGCUUUGACAGCAAAGCAUCCUACUGUAUUGUGAGUAUGGCAGCUCAGGUUACUGAAUCAGACCAGAUCAAACAGUUCAAAGAAUUCCUGGGAACCUAUAAUAAGCUGACAGAAAACUGCUUCAUGGAUUGUGUUAAAGAUUUCACUACAAGAGAGGUCAAGCCAGAGGAGACCUCAUGUUCUGAGAGCUGCUUACAAAAGUACCUGAAAAUGACGCAGAGGAUCUCCAUGCGCUUCCAGGAAUAUCACAUCCAGCAGAAUGAAGCAUUGGCUGCUAAAGCCGGCUUGUUAGGACAGCCGCGAUAAUCGACUACUGCUGGACUGAACUCCAGACCAGUGUUCCAGCAUGGAGCAGGGCCCUCCAAACUGGAGCAGCAAGACAGAGGACGCAGGCACUAGGAAUAGUGUGAGAAGGCCUCUCAUGUCUGCCAGCUCUCCGGAUAAUUGACUUGUUGGGAUUUUUGGUUUCCCAAAGGACAGACACUCUCAUUUUGACCGUCAUGCUGGUCUUCUGUAAAAUUUGAAAGAUCUUAAUUGUUUUUGUUUUUUUUAUGUUAGAAUGCUACAGAAUAAAAUGUUAGUCAACUCUAA